AAGUCGGAGCUGGCCCAGGGCAGCCCGCGGCUGCAGCGCGAGCAGGCGCUAAGAGAUCGCAGCACGAGGAGGAGAACUAAGAAGAAUCAGGCUGCUCUCUACAAGAUCAGGGACGAGAACUCUAGCAGAGGAGGGAGUAGGUGUUCUGAGCCGGGGCAGCUGAGGCGAGAGAGACUGGGAGCGAGCGAGAACGAGAGAGGAAGAGGUUCUUUGGCAUUCGGGGCAGAGAGAGCCGAGAGGCACAUAAGCAGCAGAGAGAGCAGCGGGCGGGCGCAUGGAUUGAAGGAAGUGGAUCAGAUUGCAGAUUAGAUCCAUAGACUGUGCGUAGCGUCGUGCACGAAAUGGGACUGGAGAACGGGGACGAUUCUGUAAUACCUCCGCAGGACUUGCUGGAGCGUUUCAAGGACUAUGGCCAGGAACAAACCCUUGCCUACUGGCACGAUCUCACUCCGGAAGAGCGGGACGUUCUUAUCCAAGAUCUUGAGUCGGUGGACCUUCCUCGAGUAUCUCGAAUCGUGAGGAAGUCCUUGAGGAAACAAGAUAAACCAAACUGUCAGCCUAUACUUGAUUCGGAGGUGGCCACAUUGGACACGAGAACGCAAGAUGAGAGAGGUCGAUGGUGGGGGAUGGGUUUGAGGGCUAUUUCUGAAGGCAAGCUGGCUGUUCUGCUUUUAUCUGGAGGCCAGGGAACUCGUCUAGGAAGUAAAGAUCCUAAGGGUUGUUUCAAUAUUGGACUACCUUCUGGGAAGUCUUUGUUUCAGCUGCAAGCGGAGCGAAUUUUGAGAGUUCAAAAACUUGCUUCCCAGUCAACUACAAAUGGGAAAGUGGUGAAGGUGCCAUGGUAUAUCAUGACGAGUCCAUUCACCGACUCAGCAACCAAAAAGUUUUUCCAAAAUCGGAAAUACUUCGGUCUAGAGCAAGAUCAGGUGAUGUUUUUCCAGCAAGGUACGCUUCCGUGCAUAUCUAAGGAUGGUAGAUUCAUCAUGUCAAAUCCAUAUAAGAUGGCAAUGGCUCCGGAUGGAAAUGGAGGUGUUUAUGCAGCUCUAAAAAGUUCCCGAUGUUUGGAAGACAUGGCCAGAAGGGGUAUCAAAUACGUGGACGUUUACAGCGUUGACAAUACACUGGUCCGUGUUGCAGACCCACUUUUUUUGGGUUACUGGAUCGAUCAGGGUACUUCUUGCGCAGCAAAAGUGAUAAAGAAGGCAUACCCUCAAGAAAGAGUAGGAGUCUUCGUACAUCAUGGCAAGGGUGGCCCCGUCGGCGUAGCAGAAUAUACAGAGUUGGGUGCAGACUUGCAGUUCGCCAUCAACCAGGAAACCGGCCGCCUUGCCUACAAGUGGAGCAAUGUUUGCAUGCACAUGUUUUCGUUGGACUUCCUCCACACAGUAGUCGAGGAACUUGAAAAGGACAGCAUAUAUCACCUAGCCGAGAAGAAAAUUCAAUCAGUUGACGGAGUAAUUGACGGCAUCAAACUUGAGCAGUUUAUUUUUGAUUCCAUACCUUAUGCCCCGUCGAUAUCCCUCUUUGAGGUGAUACGAGAAGAAGAGUUUGCACCGGUGAAGAACGCAAGUGGAGCGACUACGGAUUCGCCAGAUACAGCCAGAGCACUUCUACAGCGGUUGCAUAUGGGUUGGGUGGUUUCUGCCGGUGGAAGUAUAGCUAAUACUGGAACGGCAUAUGCCUCAGGCGUCGAAGUAUCACCUCUCCUCUCAUAUGCAGGCGAAGGCUUGGAAGACUUGUGCAGAGGGCGAACUUUUCAUGCAUCAACUGAAAUUCAUGCUUAAGGUUGAGGGCUGAAUAAAGUACCUACUGGCUAUGACGAUUUUGGCUUUGAUUAUCAGUUUUAGUUGCGGAAAAUGAUUUGCAGUCGGAAUCCACCACAUUGAGGAUCUUUCUUAAGCGUUAAAAUGCUUAAGAACAGAUUAGCGCAUCCAUACAUAGAAAGGAAUGACCGAUGAGUCGAAGACUUUACACUGAUGACAUUUACAUCUUUGGACUCUUUUGGAACUGAAUCCCUUUUGCUGAUAAUGUGCUCUCACAAUUACAGGUUUGAUAGAUCACCAGCUAUCAGCUUCUAGCCUUCAGAGCCAGGUCUUGUUCGACAUUUUCAGGGUGAUUACGUAAUUAUCCUGGACGCACAGCCUGGCUUUAAAACAUGUAGCAAGAAUAUGCUUACAAGUCCUCCUUCCUCUAGUCCUUGUGGACAGGAUGGACAUGGGAAAUGUUCCUACCUCAGAUAUUUUUUAUCCAUAGUCACUGAUGGCAAUUCUUGUGAAGAUUCUUUUGCACCGCCCAGUACUAAAAGAAAUCAGUUAUCCUUACCUACCCGAGGCAAACCACUAUGUAGGUACCAUACCUGCGGGAAUGGUCAAUGUGUAGGGUAGGCUACUGGUUUGUGGUGUCCUAGCUUAGUAAUAAUAUUGCUCUGGUCGUAGUUUGGUCCUACCAGAUCUCAAACUAUGGUUAGAUGCAGGUUAGAUGUCAUAUGAAGAAGAGGGCUGUCUGCAUUACGUCAGAUUCUUUGAUGUAGGGCAAAGCAUGUCGAUGUAAUCUAAAAAGCCUCUUGCUACAUUUACUUGAUAGCAUGUGUUUCUGGAAAUACGGUGCAGAUUUCUCGUAUUUCGCGAUUUUAUACCAUCGCUUCUCAGUUGAGAUAGUGUUACAUUCUUACUCGGUUGACGACCUCAGU